CAAGAAGAAAAGUUGCAACUUGCAAUGCUGGCCGUGAAAGAGUGCGCCUAACCUUGAAAAAGAGAGACUGAAAAAAAAGAUCUCCCUGUUUCUCCUCAUUUCAAACGGAUAACUAAACAAGAAGAAAUGCUUCUUCAAUUAUCAGUAUCCCUGAAAUGGAGAAAUCACCACCACCACCACCAGUCCUCUGCCGCUAUUAUAUGUUCACUCAGCAAGAAAGGCCAGCGUCUCCUCUCCUCUAUCGACUCUUCCGGCGGAGAUUCCACCAUUUCCCAUCGCCUCAUUCGCAAGUUCGUCGCCUCAUCAUCAAAAUCUGUUGCUCUCAACACUCUAUCUCAUCUUCUCUCUUCUGAUAUCCGACAUCACUCUUCUCUCGCCCUACCAAUGUACGAGUGGAUUACUGAGGCUUCUUGGUUCGAAUGGAACCCUAAAUUAGUCUCUACUGUCAUUGCUUCACUUGAGAAUCAAGGACAAUUUGAUGUAUCUGAAAAACUCGUUUCUGAUUCAGUUCAGAAAUUAACCUCUCAAGAACGAGAACUUGCGAUAUUUUACUGUAAUUUGAUUAAUUCUUACUCGAAAUACGGUUCUAAGAAAGGGGUUUUUGAUUCUUACAAUUGCUUAAAAAAACAUUUUCUCUCUGGGUCAUCUUCUCUGAAUCGACAAGCUUAUGAAUCGAUGAUUAAUGGGUUAUGUACAUUGGAUUUGCCUCAUGAUGCAGAGGAAAUGAUGGAGAAAAUGAGAUUAGAAGGGUUUAAGCCUUCUGAUUUCGAGUUCAGGUCGGUUGUUCUUGCUUAUGGGAGAUUAGGAUUGUUAAAUGAAAUGAGAAGAGUUCUUGAUCAAAUGGAGAAUUCUGGUUAUACUUUAGAUACAAUCAGCUCAAACAUUGUUCUAUCUUCAUAUGGAGCUAAUAAGGAAUUAUCUGAAAUGGUUCUAUGGAUAAAGAAAAUGAAGAGCUCGAACGUUCCGUUUUCAAUUCGUACAUACAAUUCUGCACUGAAUUCAUGUCCUACAAUCAUGGCAAUGUUGAAAGAACCCGAGUUUUUACCUCUUUCAAUCGGAGAAUUGAUCGACAAUGUGAAGAAAGUGGAAGGGGUGUUGGUUCAAGAACUAAUAGAUGGUUCAUCAGUACUACUUGAGAAUUUGAAAUGGGAUUCUUUAGAAGGGAAAUUGGAUUUACAUGGAAUGCACUUGGGGACUGCUUAUGUGAUCUUGUUAGAAUGGAUGGACGAGUUAAAGUCGAGGUUUCGCGGUGGAGGAGAUUCAGUAGUGAUUCCGGCAGAGAUUAGGGUCGUCUGUGGGUUAGGUAAACAUAGUAAUGUUAUAGGAAAAUCUCCGGUUAGAGCUUUGGUUUCAGAAAUGAUGGUUAGAUUGGAAAGUCCAAUGAGAAUUGGAAGGAAGAAUGAUAUCGGAAGUUUUGUAGGGAAAGGAAAAGCAGUAAGAGACUGGUUAUGUCCUGUGGUGUCAAAUGAAACUGAUGCAAGAGUAGCUGCCACUAGAGCUCUCGAAUAAGGUGAUUUUAGUGUUAUCUUUUAAACUUUGUAAAUUAAAUUUGAUGAAUUGUGCGAUUGGAUUUGUGUAAUUUUUAGGCAAGACAUUGUUUUAUUGUGAUUGUCUUUGUAAGUAUGUUGUUAUUUUACUUGUUUUUUAUGGUGGAAAGGUUCAAACUCUCACAGGCCGGCUUGAAAACAUAGGCAUAUUAUACAUCUCACCACGUUCUGGUUCUGAAGACAUGGCAGCAAUAAAUAUUUUUUUCUUUCUUUCUUCCUUUUUAGAUAAUGGAUCCAACAACUAGUAAUUUUACGCGUUAAAUUAGAAGUAAUCCUCCUUGGAACACCAUUAUGUACACCCUUUAGAAAGAUAACAGAACAUCUAUCUCUAAAUACCAUUGUGAAAGGAAGAUGGGUGGUGUAGGAGCUCGAAAGCGAUGGACUUGUGUGGGUGCUGUAGGAAGGAGGUUUAGGAAGUCUCGUCAUCAGAAUACGAUCAUUGUUGUUCACAUUAAUAACAGUAGAAGCCUCAGAGAAGAUGACUUGGAAGAUCAUGUUCAAAAAGAGCUUGAAAAGAGCUGUGAACAAGCUGUGGAUGUCAAAGAAGUAGUAGAUGUUGGUAGUGAGAUAGUGGAGGUUGCUGAUGAUGCCGAAUCAUCUGAAGUGCUGGCAGAAAAGCAAAAACAAUUGCGUGAAGAAGGAGAACGUAUCGAAAAACAAAAGCAAUUACGCGAAGAAGAAGAAAAACGUAUCGAAAAGCAAAAGCAAUUACGCGAAGAAGAAGAUAGACGUAUCGAAAAGCAAAAGCAAUUACGCGAAGAAGAAGAACGUAUCGAAAAGCAAAAGCAAAUACGCGAAGAACAAGAACGUAUCGAAAAGCAAAAACAAUUACGCGAAGAAGAAGAAGAACGUAUCAAAAAGCAAAAGCAAUUACGCGAAGAAGAGGAACGUAUCGAAAAGCAAAAACAAUUGCGCAUAGAAGAAGAACGCAUUGAAAAGCAAAAACAAAUUCGUGAAGAAGAAGAACGUACCAAAAAGCAAAAACGAUUACACGAAGAAAAACAUACUGCAGCUAUAAAGAUCCAAUCCUUCUUCAGAGGUCUUCUGGCAAGACGAGCAUUUCGAGCACUAAGGGGCUUAGUGAAGCUGCAGGCUCUGGUUCGUGGAGUGCGUGCAAGAAAGCAGCAACAAAUGGCUCUGCACUGCAUGGGUGCCCUCAUCCGAUUGCAAAUGCGGGUUCGAUCUAGGCAGAUGCUCAUGAAGACAUGUGAUGAUUCAUCUUAAAUCGAUCAACUCCACCGAAGGCCUGAAUAAACGUUUUAUUUCGAUCCAUACUGAAUUUAUCCUUGAUUUAUUCUUUUAUAUCGCUAUUAUUUCAUCAGUGUCAUCUAUUUGUUUGUAUAUUUUGUGUGUGCUAGACAAUACAAGCAGUAAUAAUUCUGGUGUA